AUGGCUCCUGCAGAUGACUAUGUUGAUAUCCUCAUCCUAGGCGCAGGCUGGACCUCACAAUUCCUUGUCCCGCAUCUUAGAGCUGAAGGCCUGAAAUAUCGUCUAACCACUACCUCAGGCAAGACAAACAAACUGUGUGAGGGCAAAUAUGACGAAUCCAUAAUCAUUCCCUUCGCGUUUCAACCAACCCCAGAUAGUUCCACUUUCGCGCACGUCCCACACCUCACCUCAGACCAGGAAGAUGCACAGUAUAAUCAACUGCCUACAGCACAGACUAUCAUCAUCACAUUUCCCUUGAAAGGCAGAGGUCAGGCCAAGAAACUCGUCGAAAAGUACAAGCAGUCACACACUGGUGCCAUUAACACACAGUGGAUUCAACUUGGUAGCACAGGUGUCUGGAAAGAGACCAAUCCUUUCCAGAUCCAAGACCAGGAUAGUCCUAUCGAGAUCAACGACAGAGCAAUAGCAGAGGAAGAACUUCGUGAGCUCGGAGGCUCUGUUCUCUGCCUAGCUGGCCUCUGGGGUGACGAGCGUGUCCCAUGGAACUGGGUCAAGAAGAUCGCUCCUACAAAAGACAAGCUGCGAGAGAAGAAGAGUCUGCAUCUCAUACACGGCGAUGAUGUGGCAAGAGCUUGUUUGGCUUACCACCAGAAAAAGUUUGUUGGUGGUGAGCGAUGGAUAGUUACUGACCAGCAGGUAUAUGAUUGGUGGGAACUUAUCGAGGCUUGGAGCAAGCUGCUUGAGAAGAUGAAUGCUGAGCAGAGCGUCAAACCUGAAUAUGCAAAAUGGAUCGCUGAGCUGAAGCGUGAACAAGAAUUGAAAAAACUUCCUCGGUCGCAUCAGCAGCUAGGUCGUGUGCUCAAUAGCUCCGAUUUCUGGAAGGCUGUAGGCAUCGAGCCGAGACACGUUUUGAAAAGGACCGCCAGCGAUAUUGUUUCACAGCUUUGA